AAUUCGAGCUUCGUAUCUUCCAUUCAAUCCCAUCGUCUGAUUGUAAUUUAGUUUUAGUAGCGCUGAAAAUUUGAUUGAGCUUCAUGUCUCUGUUCGGUGAAUAUCCGUGCACUAAUCAAUCAGUUGCUCCAAUCUACAUCUCGUUUACUACGGCCACGAUAUGUGUUCCGCUGUGUCUAUUUACCAUCGCCGGAAAUUUACUCGUCGUGUUAGCAAUCUUCAUCGAUCCAAACAAAGAUCUCAAAUCACCUUUUAACUACUUUGUGGCCAACCUUGCCAUUAGCGAUCUUUUGGUGGGAUUCGUCGUCGACCCGACUGCGGUGGUGUACCAUGUAAUGGAAGGAGUUGAGAGGAAACUGCCACCUUUACCCUACAUUCACAUACCGUACUUCAUUUCGUGUACAGCUUCUGUUCUCAGUUUGGCAGCUUUAACACUGGAUCGAUAUUUGGCGAUAGCUUCUCCGCUAUUCUACAGAACACAGCUGAAUCCUAAGCGAGCAGGUUUUGUGGCGGCUAGCAUCUGGUUAUUUUCACUAAGUUUUCCUUUCAUAUACCUUGUCACGGGCUACCUCACAUAUUCAUUCGUCUUCCUCCACACAGUCGUAAUUGGCACUCUCUUAGUCAUCAUUCUUACUUAUUACAAGAUUCUCCGUGUAUUAAAAAAUCAAAUGGAACAAUGGAAUUCUUCGGAUCAGACGAACGCGAACAAUCAGGCGAAGAGACAGGCAGCAAGAUGGGAACAGAAAGUAACCGAAACUUUUAUUAUCAUAUUGGCUCUCUUCUUAGCAUGCUAUCUGCCUUCCUGUAUUUGCAUUUACAUUAUUAACUUAUGCAAAGUUUGCAGUUGCACACUUAUUCACUGGGCAAGAGAUAUUCCUCUCCUACUGAUCUUAGUCAAUUCAGGAGUGAACCCGUUUGUGUAUGCCUGGCGAUUUGAAAAUUUCAGGAAAGCGUUCGUAGGACUUUUGAGGGACAGAAAGCGUUCUCGACGAGAAAGCCAAAUAACUUUAGCAUUCGACAACAUGACGAUGGAUAAUUGACAUAGAGCAGUAACUGGUAAAAUGCUUCAAAGGGAUGGGACACGAAGUUAACUUUGCCUGUUAUCAUUAUGUUGGCUUUCAUCGUACUGUAUCCUCAAUUGUGCCCUUGUAUAAUAGGUCAGAGAUCGUCUUCUUAUUUUGGUCCUCGCUAUUUCUGCAGUGAAUCCGUUUGUCUGUGCUAAGGUCUGAAAUAGCAUUUUAGAAUUUUCUGACGAAGAGAAAGUGCAAUGUUUAUUUUGGGGGAAGAACAUGGGAAUUUGAAAUUUUUGAAGGGAAUACCGCAAGUUAUUACGAGUAGUAAAUUGUAAACAUUUCGCGGAAUACCACGAAAUUCAAACAGUGUAACAUGGGGGUAUGCUUUCAGCUUUUUGUUCAUGAAUUUACAUAUUUUAACUAAUUAAACAAUGUCUGUAGCUGAAGUAACAAUUAUUAGACAGAUGUGUUCCACUACAAUCAGUCUGAGAUAAAGAAGGAGUGAUCUUGUUUGCUUAUACUUUGUGACGAACAAUUUUAGGAAACCAGCGUUAGAAAGGGAACGGUUAGCUAACAACGGUCAAAAUCUUAAAAUUUGUUGCAAGAGUCAAAACAACGAUUUCCCUUCCUUGUAAAAACAAAAUAUUUUCUUGACAACUUAC